UUUCACAAAACAUCCCCCUUCUCUCUCUCUCUCUGUCUCUCUUAUCUUUUUCGCAAAAAAAAAAAAAAAAUCCUUACUUUUCUCGCACGGAGCAAUGGAGCGACUGAGAGCGAGCAGACAAGGUCCAGGAUCGCCGCGCCGUUGUUGAUCGUGGGGCUAAACCUAGCCUCCGAGGGAGCUGCUCAGGAACCCUAACCCUAGCUCGUGGACAAUCGAGUUCGUCGCUAUUUCCAAUCUGUGCCAGCUUACCUAGCUUUCUGCCACGGAUAGAUCCGUCGAUCUGCGGCCGCGUGCUACGGAUGAAUGUCAUUCUUGCCCAGAAGUUUUAGAGAAGGUUUAUAAAAAAAAAUGGAGGGUCCAUGAUCACAAGGCACUGUUGUUUAAAUCACCGGAAGAUUCUUAUGCUUAAUAUCUUUUACUUUUGAGAUUUGUGGACAUUCCGAGAAAGAAAGUAUAAGCAAUUCAUUCUUGUGAAAAAUCAUUCAAAGCUUCCCUUGAGUGGAAUUGAUGUUUUGCUGUCUAUGAGAGUCUGGAAGAUAGCAGUUCAAUCCCAUCGACUUUUUAAAAACACUAGGUUCUGGUCUUCUAACAGUUUCCUGGUGGCAUAUCAGUGGUUCUUAGGAGUUAACUGCAUUAAGUGACACUUCAUAAUCCACGAUACCAUCUUUUAGCAUUAUGCAACUUUGGCAACAACAACUAUUGUACAAACAGUUCCAAGAGCAGAGACAGCAGCAAUUUCGGCAGUUAGAUCAGGAAACAAGACAACUCAUUUCGCAUAGCCAAUCGUCUGUUUUAGGAAAACCUGCAACAGGAGAUCAAUUACCUGCAACACUAAAUGACAUGCCUACUAAUGAUGCACAUAACUAUAUGUGGCCAAAUAAUUUUAUGGGGGAUGUCUCCAACUUACCCAUUAACUCUCAGAUGUUUAUUCCUGGCAACAUGAAUUUGGCACAGUCAAAUUACUCGACAGCUUUGCAGAACCUUGCUAAUGGUAGUUUCAUUCUGAAUGAUCAGAAUCGGGCAAUGCUAUCUAUGGGAUUUAUGCCACAACAGAAUGAUCACUUUAUUCAUGGCAUGCCUGUUUCUAGCACUGGCACCGUAGACCAAUACCCUCACCUUUUGGGAAUAUCUGGUAAUUUCAACAAUUUGAUGACUGGACCUGAUGCAACCCUUGCAGUGAAGUCAUCAUACCCAUUUGCUACAAACGAUCGGCAAUCAGCUGCUCAAGGUUGCUCACAGGAUAAAACAUUACUUUUGCAGAAUCUCCAAGGCAGAAAUACAUUGGACAAUCCUCCUAUGCAAGUUCUUGGUAAUGAUGUUGCAGCUGGAAACUUUCUAGAAGCUAGCAAUCUGCAAUUCCAUGAUCAGUUUAGGGAACUCCAGUCUAGGCAAGAACGAGAUGAUACAUUGGGUAAUUUACAUGGAAAGCCAGUAUCAGCUAUAGGGGAUUCUAGAGAUGCGGCUGGUUUAGAUCCUAUCGAACAGAAGCUCUUGUUUGGCACAGAUGAAGAUGAUAAUUGGGGUUUAAUUGGGGGGUACCUUACAUCUGGCACGAGUGGAGAGAUGCAUGGGCAUCCUCUAGAGGUUGAUCACUAUGGCACAUUGCCUUCCAUACAUAGUGGGAGCUGGAGUGCUCUUAUGCAAGAAGCUGUGCAAGCAUCUACUAGUGACAAAGGGGUCCAGGAAGAGUGGAGUGGCUUGAGUUCUCAGACUACGGAACCUGUAAGAGCACAUUUACCUGUUAUCAACGGGAAACAACCAUCUGUAUGGGUCAAUGACAAUGUACAGAACAAAGCUUCUUUGUCUGCAGAACCCUUUUCUUUAUUCACUAACUCAAAUGCAACCCCAAGCUCCUCCAUUGCCGGUAAUAACAGUCGUCUUCUGAAGUCUGCUCACGAAGAAAACAAUGUGCCACUAAUUGAAGCUUCCUGUCUGCCUUUGAGGUCAUCCUUGCAAGGAAUCAAUGGCAAAGAGUUUUCAAGUAGUCAGAAUCAAACCAAACUAGUAGAAAGUGAUCUUAAAGAUAAAAUUCCUUUGCUUAGUGAAAUGAGAACUGGGCAGAGCAUUGAGCAGUGCCAGAGUAGGUCCAGGAACAUUCAGUUAAAGUCACAGGACAAUGGAAGUGGCUGGACUGGCCAAAAGAAUUUACAGUUAUCCAAUGCUCCAAUUAUGCCUGUUAACAACCUAGGUGGCUGGAGUACUAACCGUGCGAUGGCAUUUAGAGGCGACAGUACUUCAGAUUAUCAUGAAAUUCAUGGUAAUCAUGCUAAUCUGAAUUCUGGAACACAAGUCAAAUCAGAUAUUGCUAGUCCUAAGAUGCAAUUUGAAGAUUACUUAGCAGCUAACAUGGGGUCUGUUGGGAACCCAAAUUUCUUAAAAUGGAACCAGAAUAUGGCCCAGCAGAUUACUAGUGAACAGAAAUCUGUUUUGGGGACAAAGUUUGUUGCUGACACAUGUGGGAAUUCUGAAGUUGACAACGAUGCCAAAGAAAAUCAGAGUCAGCCAAAUCCAAAAUUACACAAUUGGGAGUUGUCAAGAAUUCCUGCAACCGAAAGGCUGGGUCAAACUUUUGACAGAGAAAAAGAAUGCGCGGCAGUUCUUUCAGGAAAAGGUUAUGUUGGAGACGCAUUGAAAGAUAUUGUUGCAAGUGGAGGCCUGAACUCUAUUUGUCAUGGUCAACAUACUGUGGGACCUAACAUGGUUCAGAACUCACUAGGUAAUUUGAAGAAUAAUGCAGAGCCUUCAUCUGCAUUCUAUCACCAACUAAGCAUGCAGGGUUUCUCCAACUCAGUUUGCAAUAGAUCAAAUACAGAUGAAUCACUUAGUAGGUCACAUUUUGCUGGUCAUGUUGUGAGCAGCAAUCCUAUGGACGCUACUGAGAAGUUUGGAUUGGAAGCCGAGGAUCUGUAUAGAAAUGCAAGACCUGCUUGCCCCUCUAGUAGUUCUUUUAAUGGAUCAACUGCUCAAGAUGUGCAACUUGAAACAAUUUCUCAAGCAAGCAAUAUGCUUGAGCUUCUCCAUAAGGUUGAUCAAUCAAGAGAUGGAAAUUUUGUGAAUGCUUCUGAUAGAUCCACACAAGUUGCUGAUGAUGUUCCCACCCCCAAACCUCAUGUUGAUUGGCCUUCUAACUCCAGAGGAUUUGGAUUGCAGUUAGCCCCACCAUCUCCACAAUUAGUAUCAACCAAAAGCCCAAUUUCUCAGAACCCCAUAAAUGAUCGUAUGAUUGCUGAAUCAAUCCAUCAAGGAGAGGCAAGUUAUCAGGAUCAGACACAGUCAAAUUAUACUUCUUUAGGCCGACCUUUGGCUCUUCUUCAUGAAGCAUCUGAAAGACAAAAUUGGGAUAAGAUAUCCAACUCACCUGGACAACAACAGAUCAAACUCUUGGAAGCAAAUAAGUAUUUUAACUCAUCAGCAGCAACUGCUUCUGAUUUUCCUUUGGUUCAAAAGCAGAUGCAGGAGCAGUUAGGACUUCAACGACAAGACCAUUCUGGUGCAAAACAUCACCUGGAACAGCGUCCAGGAAAUCAGAUUUCCAACACAAGCCAAGCUAAUGUAGGUACACUCACUAAAAGUACGUCACUCAUGAAGCAAGCACAUGAUUCUAAUUAUGUUGCUGUAGCAAACCAAUCUGUUCAGACAUCCUUCUCUACUUUGCCUAGUAGAAUUUCCACUUCAGGAGUUGCUUCCCAUGCUGAAAAUCAUGGUACUGGUGAUUCACAAUCUUUCUCUGGGAGGGGAGAUCACACAAAACCAACAUUUGCAGGGUUUUCUCAAAUUACAAGUUCUGGCCACCAGUUACCUGCUUUGGAUACGAGAUCAGUUUCUCAAUCUUCCAUAUCAGGUAUGUCUCAGCAAGCUGGUGUCUCAACGAUGCUGCACAAUGUGUGGACAAAUAUAUCAGUUCAACGUCAAGCCAGCAUCAAUCCUCUACUCACUCCUAAUGUACUUCAUUCCUUAAUAAAUCAUGGAAGAGAGAGAAUUUCAUGGAGCACGCCAAAGUCAGGAGGUCAGGUCAACAAGAAAGAAGGUACUCAUGAAGUUGGCACUAGUUCUAAUUCACAGAAAGAUGAAAAUGCAGCUCAAGUCAAGUUCUCAAAUCUAAUUGCAGACAAGAUGGAUGGUUCUAAUGCAAAAAAUGUGUUCCAUGGGGAAGAAACAGUGCCAAAGCCUGCUUUUGAUAGAGGCUCUACCUUUCCAGUUUCAUCUCUGGUCCAUCUGCAUCAGCAUGAUGUUAACAAGGCUAAUAAUGAACAGCUUCCAGCUGUUAACCUGAAGGACUUGCAUUCUACUCCAACAACUGCCAUAUCUUCUGGCAGUGUUAUUGUCAGCCCUGGAGGCAUAUCAAAACCUUCAGAUCACCAACCACAAAACUAUUCCUUACUUCAUCAAAUACAGUCUCUGAAGGCUUCUGAUUCUGAUAUAAACAAGUUAACAGGAAACCUGUCGAGAGGAGCAUCUUUUGGUUCCAAUACUCAAAUGAACUUGAAUGUGAAUCAGACAUUUGAUCACGGGCAGAAUUCAAUCUCCAAAUAUCCUGACAUUAAAGUUGGAGCAGCUGCUCAGAUAUUAUAUCCGUCAGAUACCAAAAUGUUAAGCUUUGCUUCAAAUGACAAUGAAGAAAAAAAUCUUGGCACAUCAACAGCAGGGCAGGGCAUCCUACAAACUCAUAUGCAUCCCCACAAUACUAGUUCGAUAGCUACUGCAUUAGGAGGUACUGACUGCCCAGGAAUUAGCCCUCAGAUGGAUUCCUGGGUUGAGCAGCAUGCAACCUACCAAAAUGGCACCAUGGUUCCUCCCUAUGAUGCUCAAAUGAGUGGAAAAGCUUCCACGCACCAGUAUUUUCGAGAAGAAGUUCCUGCAAGAAUGGAGGAUAGCGCUUUAAUUGAUCAAAGACUUGAGAGCACUCAGUCUGGUGGUUAUGAGCAAGGUACUUUGUCCACCAAGAUAUCACCAAAUGAAUCAUCGUCCUUAUUGCUAUCCGACACCAUAUAUCAACCUGCAAUUUUAAGACCAAAGAAACGUAAAAGCAUGGCAGUGGAUCUGCCUUGGCAUAGGAUUGUCACUGAGCGUCCACAAAGCUUGGAAAGCAUCAGUAUGGCAGAUUUGGAUUGGAAUUUGGUUGCCAACAGAUUGAUAGAGAAGAUAGAUGAUGAUGCUGAAGCUCUAGAAGAUGACCCAUUGAUUCCUCACUCACGAAGAAGGCUUAUCCAGACAACUCAGUUGAUGCAUCAACUAGUUCCCGCUGUACCAUCUCCAUUGCUUAAAGACGAGGCAGCUUCAGCAUAUGAAAGUGUGCCUUUUGCUCUUGCUAAAUCAGUACUUGCACAUGCAUGUAGCCUUGUUUCUUUCACAAGAAGUGAUUCACAUGAGCCCGUGGAAAAUGAAAAUGUGACACUUGAUCACCUUAGGACUUCAAAGGUGGGAGAUGACACUUACUCAAAGUUGGUGGAGAACUUCAUUGGUAGAUCCGAGAAACUAGGUGCAAAUUUCUCAAGGUUAGAGACUGGCACCUCCUUAUUAGAACUGCGGAUGGAAUGCCAAGAAUUGGAAAGGUUCUCCAUUGUCAAUCGAUUAGGCAAGUUUCAUGGUAGAACUCAUACCGAUAUAGUUGAAGUUUCUGCAGCUAGAGCAGUUCAUCACAGAACCUUUGCGCAGAGACAGAUUACUGCAGUUUCCAUGCCAGGAAAUCUUCCAGAAGGGGUCAUGAGUUUGUCACUCUAGAUCCUUGAUCAUUUUUCCACUAGUCUAAACUGCCACUGGUCCGUAUCAAUUUUCGGUGGCCAUUUAAAUACUCCCCCAGAGGUAAGCUUAAGAGAGUACAAAAAACAUACAUUGAUGAACAAAGACAGUUGAACAAGAAUCAAAGGGUAAUGCUGUCGUCAUGAUGUUGAUACAACCACCUCAUAGGGGCUUAUGGCUGUAGAAUCCCACCCACUGUUAUCGUCCAAUCUUUCGUGAAGUAUAAAAUAUAGAUCUUUGUAUAUCAUUGAAGAUGAAGAAAGGUAGGCCUUGCUUCCUUUUUCAAGCAGGGGAGAGUUAGUAUGGUCGCUUAUUUCUCAAUUCAAAUGAACUUGAAUAUUAGGAUUCCCUCUUUUGCUCGCCAGAGUAAAAAAAAUUCAUUACCUGACCUUCACAAUUGGCAGCUAAAGUCUUAUGAUGUAACAAUGAUUUCAGCAACAAUGUGUUGUGUAUCUUGUUCAGAUAGUUCAUUCGAAUAGGUUGCUGAUCAUUCAGUUGAUUGAUGCAAGUUCUGUAAUCUAAAAGGUUCUGUUUGGGGAUCAAGUUCGCGGGGAAUGUAACUCCAAUGCAACAUUAGGCCUUAUCCUUUGUGCAAAUGAAUUUUACAAACGCUCU